CGUGUGUGUGUGUGUGUGUGUAUUCUCGAUAUUUUACUUCCCAGACAGGCUGCCCGAUUAAGGCGCCAAGGGGAAGGGGCGAGGCCCAAGGCAUAUUAUCAUACAUGUUUCUAUACUCAAGUUCCACAUGAUUCUAAGCUCCCGGAUAACACCAACAUCGUUCGCCAAUGCCCGGAUUCGCGACUGAACAAUCCAACUUCUUCUGAAUUGUGA